GUCAGUGCGUCAUAAACGCGCGACAUACAGACGCGUUACAAAACAUCGAAAUAACACUUUGAACUUCAACCCAACCGAAGACCUCCAAACAGUUCUGCUGGUGAUGAUCUGAUGAUCUGAGGAGGUGAUGAGUGUCAGAGACGAGCUGCUGCAGAGGUUUCUGGAUGCUGCGUCCAGAGGAGACGAGGAGGCGCUCUCGCUCAUGCUGUCUCAGUCCAGAGAGCUGCUGGUCCAGCGAGGAGAGCAGGGCUGGAGCGCUCUGAUGCUGACCGCCAGAAACGGACACUACGACGCGGCCAGAGUCCUGCUGUCCAACGGAUGUGAUACGAGCGUCACUAACCGGUCGGGUCAGACGGCUCGAGACGUGGCUCUGUUCUGGGGUCACAGACACAUCGCCCGUCUCCUGACCAGCUCUCCGGGUCACCACCUCCGUCAGCUUCUGCCCAGCACAGACACAGAAGAGCCGGACAUUCACUUCAACAGAGAGAUCCUGGACCGAAUGAGCGACAGACGCAGUGACGGCGAGUGGCUGGCGUCCAGAAGAGCUUCUCCAGAGACUGUGUUCCUGCUCUUCCACGCUCUCAGUCCUCUGGUGCGCUCCGGAGCGGAGCGUGAGGAGCAGAUAAAGCUGUGCAAGCUCCGAUCCGCCGCGGUGCAGGAGCUGCUGACCAGCAGCCGGACCCUGGAGGUCUUCUUAGGAGUGGACAAGCAGCAGCAGCAGCAGGAUGAUGAUGAUGAUGGGAUGGUGGCGUGGUUCGCUCUCAGCACUGAAGACGAUCCCACUCAACUCCUCAAGGAUAAAGAUCCCAGCAGCUUCUUCCUUCAGGAAGCCAUGCCAGGACUCCUGAGGCUGAGCGACGAUGAUGCUGGUGUGGUGGCUCAGGCCCGAUCAGUCCUGGCAUGGCACAGCCGUUACCGCUUCUGCCCGACCUGCGGCGGCGACACCAAAGUAGAGGAGGCCGGCUACAAGAGGACCUGUUUGAGAGCAGGCUGCAGGAGUCUCCAGGGCGUCCAUAACACCUGUUACCCCAGAGUUGAUCCCGUGGUCAUCAUGCUGGUGCUCCACCCCGACGGGAAGCAGUGCAUGCUGGGACGCAAGAAGAUCUUCCCUCCGGGAAUGUUCUCAUGCCUCGCCGGCUUCGUGGAGCCAGGGGAGACGCUGGAGGCGGCGGUGAGGAGGGAGGUGCAGGAGGAGAGCGGUGUUCAGGUGGGGCCCGUGCAGUACCUGUCCUCUCAGGCGUGGCCUAUGCCCUCCUGCCUGAUGAUUGGCUGCCACUGCGUCGCCGUGACGACGGACAUCAAAGUAGACCAGAACGAGAUCGAAGAGGCACGCUGGUUCACCCGGCAACAGGUGAUGGAUGCUCUUGUGAAAGACAAGCGGGCCGUGUUCAUCAUGCCGCCCAGACAAGCCAUCGCUCACUAUCUGCUCAAACACUGGAUCGGCUGUAACGCAAACCUCUGAACCGGGGUUAAAAUCCUUCUUUCAUGGUCCAAAUGAGAAGAUGUGUUAAUCAAAUUGAUUUAAUCAGCAUCUUCUGUGUGAAGCUUUUUCAAUUAUAGAAGAUAAUGCAGUAAUAGAACUCCAAUUAGAUUACUUUGACAUCUCUGAUUAAUAACAGAUUAAUAUUUCCUGAUUGUAACGCUGAAACAAAUAUUUUCUCUGAAUCUGCUUGGAAAUUAUAUGCAUUGUGAAAAGGCUAAACAAAUAAAGUUGAAUUGAAUGUGU